CCUUCCGAUUUGCCCAAAUUAGAAACACAUAAAGUGAUUACGAAGAAGUGUGAAAAAACCGAAAAUUCCUUCUACUCCGUCCAGACCCGAUUCUGUCAUGUCGGUGGGUAAUGACCACCAAAGUCAAAAUGACGGCCCAGCAGAUUGGGCAUUUCGCAAAUUUGCCGAAGCCGGCCAAAUUGCUGUAGUCCCUUCUCCCAAUCCUGCCAGAUCAAGUGCCCGAACGUCAAGAACUGGCACAGCUCAAAAUACACCUUCCAGCCAAGAUAUCAUGGAUCAAAGAGGAGGGUACUUCGAUCUUGAGGUCUUUGACCUAAACCCUGCAGAUCCAACCCGUUUACAUCGGAAAAGACAUAACGAUGCUUCACAAGAUCGAUCCAGAGAAGGUGAGCUGGAGUCCGACCCGACGGAAAACUCAGGAGAUGAUAGUGGAGCUAUGAAGAAAGAUCGGCCCAUUUCAACCAAUACCACGAAUAGCCAAAUAACACCCAGUAGAUCGCCUUCACUGGAAAAUGUUCAUCCUACAAGCGUCACUAGCGAAUCAUCCCCUUCUCCUCCUCCACCGAUGAAAGCAAGCUCUCCGGCUAUCGGAAAAGACGAGGUACUUAGGAGAGCGGAGAAGACGAGCGAAGUAGAGUCAAGAAAAGCAAAGGUCUUAAAGAUUCUGCAUGAAAAGUUUCCUCGAAGAAUUGUGCACAGAGUUAUCAAGACAUCCUUGGCAUACGCAACCUGUGUCAUUCUAUGCUCCAUUGAAAGUAUUGUCGUUGCAGUUGGACCAGCUGUAUUUCUAUGUAUUACAGGUAGUCUCUUCACACAUCCAGGAAGAACAAUGGGUGCUCAAAUCGAUGCUACCAUCACAUCUGUGGUGGGUGUGGUACUCGCUGUUUGUUGGGCAACUGCUGGCAUGGCCGCUUCAGUGUCUUACAAUCGAACAUAUGCCGACGAUCUUAGCAACCACCAAGCCGGCGUUGGUAUCAAUGCUGCUUUUCUCGUGGUUGGAAUCAUGUUCGCUCAACUUCUCCGAAUGCGUUUUCCCAAGUUUCAGUUCUUCUCACUGCAAUUUAUGAUUGUGCAAAUUUUCUGUAACACCAAGCUUAUCAAUUUAACGGCUAUGGAUUAUCAAGGCGUUUUACAGUUCGGAAUUCCUCUUGUACUCGGUGCUGGAGUCUCUUUAUUUUACAACCUUGCGUUGUGGAGAGAAACGGCUGUUGACGGUUUAGGAAGAGCAAUGCACGACACUGUCAAAGGAAGCCAAGCUAUGCUCAAGUUAGUCACAGAUCAGUUCGAGCUGGAGUUCGACACUGAAAAUAUUGAUGUUGAUGCUGUGAAUUCCACGUCCGCCAAAAUGAGAGCUGGCUAUACCAAAAUCAUGACAGCCUACAAGGAUUCCAAAUACGAACUAUCGCAUGCUUACAUCUCCCCUCUUAAAGCGAAGCCUAUCUACAAAUCUCUGAGUAGUUUGACCAAGCAUUUAAGUAUCUUGGGUGCUAGUCUUCGCAGUGAAAAGGCGUUAUUCGAAGCCGCCUUAAAUGCUUUCGAGCCGCACGAUACAGAGAGUAGUGAUGAGGACGACGUCAUGUCCAGAGCUAUGUCGGCUACCAACAUGCAUGCUGACCAAGUGAAUAGAAACUCAAGGGCAGAUCAUUCAACCAUUCCCAGUCGAGCUCAAUCCCCGGAAAACGAAUUUUAUGAUCAAAACCAGCUUACUGUCAACUCGAUUGCUUCACUGAAUUCCUCGCAUAUACCUCUUACCCCAUACAGGCUGAAACCGCCAAAGAAGCGAUUGAAGCAAAUAGAAUAUGGCGACAAAGAACUGUUUGUAGCCUAUCUUGAAAGCCUACGUGAUCCACUUCUCACGCUGUCCAAAGCCUGUACCCGCGGUAUGAAUUGCGUUUCUGGCGGAAUAAGCUACGAAUGGGAGUUAGACGAUGUUCGGCAAGAUGGUACACAUAGUUGGGCAUAUUACAUCAGUCAUGUUUUCAGAAUUCGGAAAAAGGAGCCGACGCGAAAAGCCAGUAGUAGCGAUUCUGUGGAAGCCCAUUGCGACCGACACUGCGACUGUCCAGAACGUUUACGAGCCGCCAUUGCAAGGUUUGAUAACGAUGAACAUGAGCGCAUGGAAACCUUGAAACGCAUCAACAAGAAACGCCGGUUUGGACCACUGGACUUGGGUCUUCGAGAGGAAGUGUUUUUGGUCUUCUUUUUCAUUUUCUGCUUGCGAGAAGUUGCCAAGGAACUGGGAAAUCUGACCUCCACACUCAACGACAUCAAAGACACGGUGGAUAGAGGCAAAAAUGGUGUAAGAAAGCGCCAUUUUUAUUUACCCAAUCUAGUGGGGUCUAAGGGAAAAUGGCGGAAGUGGGCCAGUUUCAGUUCGCAUCAAGCUGUGAAAGACAAGGGUGGCCAUACGUUACGUGAGUUGAUAACAGGCUGAACUACGUAUUGAGAAGAUCUAAUACCCCAUACUGACACGUCUUGUAUCUCACAGAACAUUUCAAAGACAAUCUACCGCAUACGGCAACGUCAGAAUUCGAAGAUGAAUAUAGACUGACAACAAUCCAAACCAAUCUUUCUUCGAAAAA